UUUAAUAGUCUUUUGUUUUCCACAAAUAUACUGUUCUGCCAGUUGGUUUGUUUCUGUGACUUUCAGUCGUCCUUGAAGUCAGCAUCCAAGCCUGUCAACCAUCCGUCCACCUGUUGCGGGCUGCACCCUUUUUCACCGCACGAUGGCGCGCUUUCCAAUAAUAGCCGGUGGAGAUGGAAUGGGCUUCAGACUGUGGGGGGAACUUGAAGCUUGUACGAAGGGCUCGUCCGGAUGAAAACAUGUCUUGUUAUGUGUUGCAUAUCUUGCAUGGGAGCCGCUGGGCUGACAUGAACUGCUAAUUCUUCCGCGGGCUGCGUGUUCUUCCGCAGGACUCUGUUGUGACACGCCGACAUCCUCUGGAAUAUGCUUUGUCUCCAUGGUAACAGGCCGCAUGCAGACCCAGAAAAAUAUCAAGCCAAGUUGAUCCUUUUUCCAACAUACCUGAUCCUGGACACAAGGGAUGAAAAUUGGAAUAGAAACAACGAAAUAUCCCCGAGGUUUCCACUACCCUGAAUAAUGGCAAAAAAACAACUGUGAUUUUUUAUUUUAUUUUUUUUUAAGGUACCUGUACUUUAUUGCCUUUUCUCUUGGGAUCAUGCUGUGGAACUGCUUGAAUUCUCCCCUGAAUCCAAGAGUUAAUAAAAGCUGCAUAUUGGAAUUUCAUCAGAUUUGAAUCAUCUCUCAACAAUUACAGUAUGUUGGGGAUAUACUCAUUCCAUAUUAGGCGCUUUUAAACCUUUGCUGACCAACUGGUCAUACAGUCAUUCUCUACAAGGACCAGGAUGCACCAGCUCUUCAGUCAGGUGCUGGGCCAGAGGGAUUUAUCCAGAGCAGGAGAUCUGUUUUCUCUGGAGGAUGCUGCGAUCGAAGACUGCUUGUCACAGGCUCUGGACCAGAUCAAGUCCAUCUCUUGCUCACCGGAUUAUUUGACCAACGACAAUGACCAGGCAGUGGUAGAGAUUUGUAUCACGCGUAUCACCAGCGCCAUCAGAGAGACCGGCUCCAUCGAGAGGCACAGCACGGCCCUGGUGGGGCUGUGGGAGUCGUGUCUGGAACAUAACCUCACGCCUCAAGGUGACAACACCGAGGACACGCCGCACACCAAGAUAGCCUCCGACAUUACCAGCUGCAUCCUGCAGAAUUACAGUUGUCCGUCAGUCAUGGUGUUGGCUGUCCCGGUGGCGGUGCGCUUCCUCCAAAGAGGGAACAGAGAGCUGAGCAGGAACAUGUCCAGUUAUCUCUCACUGGCUGCUAUAGUCGAGGUCGAUCUACUGGCUGAACAUACGGAGGCCAUAACGCUCAGCGUGCUUGCAGGCAACCACAUGCUCCUCCGCGUGCUCCCCUCAGUCUACCCCAGACAACCUGAUGUCAUACACCGUCACCUUGGCAAGCUCACUGCUGUACUGUCACAGUUGGAUUCCGCAGAACAACAACACCUGAUCAGACUGCUUCAAAUGGUGGCUGAGCAGCAUCCGCUGAUGCUGAGCCCUCAGGUGCCUGCCCUGGUCAGUUACCUAGGCAACCAGUCUCUAAUUGAGGCCAUUUUAGGCACUCUGGUGGAUGUGUCUCUCGCCAGCCCCUCCUCACUGGUCAGCUGUCUGCCAAAGCUCAGGACUACGGGACAACAAUGGCCUGCUCUCUUGGGUCACGUGGCCAAAAUCCAUGGUGCUGUGGGCAUCAUCAGCGAGGCACAUGCACACAAUUCUUUGGUUUACCUGGUGUCUCUUCUGGGCAACAUGGAACACACUUUUCACCACACACUGCUACUGGAGAUCCGAGCUCUGACAGACCGUUACCCGUCUUUGCUCGGAGCCUAUGGGAAAGACCUCUACAGACUGAGCAACUCCUUCACAGCCAUAGCCAGACUGCUGGGGAGGCGACUGGAGGAGACUGCCACCGCAUGCCGCAAGUCGGAGGAAGAGGCGCGCUCAUCCUUUGUUCUUCGGAAACAAAGCGAGAACGGGCAUUGCUCGCCAUCUCCCAACGCAUCGCUUCAAUGCGAAGGAGGAGGAGUAGGCGGAGGUGGGUCUGAGCCGAGGAAGCCGGUGAAGGCGGGGGGUGAGUCGGAGGCGCAGGAGGACUCUCCUGCCCCCCAGCGGCGAUACAGCCUGAAUCAAGCGGUGAGAGAUGAGCAACGAGAGAUGAGAUUCAACAGGUCCAAGAGCCUGGCUCUCCAUGUUGUACGCUUGCGAUCCAUCAAUUCGGAUGGCGGCGACGAUGGAGAAGGAGUGGAGCUAAGUCCAGACAACUUGACAUUCACCAGCACGUUGGCCUGCCAGCCUUCAGCGGCACAACGGGAAGCGACACCUUCUGCCAAGACACUGACGGACAAUGCACCCACAUCCACUGCAGCCCCUGCGCCAGACAAUGGGAUCAAAGAGGCAGACAGAGCUUGGAGCGGGCAGAAGAACAAGGAGGAGGUGGCGGAGGUAGCGGACAGACUCUUCAUCCACUUAAGAGACAAUCUUGAGAUGAUCCGAGAGUUUUGUAAGGGCAUGGUCCAACAGAUCCCCAUACCAGAGCAAUGCGUAAUAGAAGAAUCAAACAGAGGCUGUGUGGCCAAGCUGUCGUUCUCCUGUCCCCUGAAGGGUCAUUACUGCCUGUACACAAAGUCCAGUUUUUGCCUGAGCAGCCGCCGGCCUCAUCUUUGGAUACACAUCAUGCUGCUCCAUCUACAGAGUAAGUCCAAAGUUCCGCUAAGUUCUGGAGAUGAAUGCGUUCAGAGGCUGGCUUCUCUUUGGGGCAAGACUCAACUCAAAGGAGCUCACAGCUUCCACAUGGCAAUGACGCAACACGCCACCCCGCACAGAAAGGACCUGGACAGUCUCCAGAUGCAGCUGGAGGAGGUUCGCUUCUUUGACCUGUUUGGCUACAGUGAAGAAGAGGGAGGCUGGUUAUGCUUCAUGUGCAACAACCCCGAGAAGGCCACAGGUGUGAAUCAGGAAGGUCAGCCUCUCAUCGAAGGGAAGCUGAAGGAGAAACAGGUCCGCUGGAGGUUUAUCAAGCGCUGGAAGACUCGCUACUUCACCUUGGCGGGAAACCAGCUGCUCUUCCGGAGAGGCAAAUCGAAGGACGAGCUGGAUGACAUUCCCAUUGAGCUGACCAAAGUACAAAGCGUCAAGGUGGUGGCCAAGAAGCGGCGAGAUCGAGGCCUCCCGCGAGCCUUCGAGAUCUUCACGGACAAUAAGACGUACGUGCUGAAGGCCGAGGAUGAAAAGCACGCCGAAGAGUGGCUGCAGUGCAUCAACGUGGCCGUGGCUCAGGCCAGAGAGCGGGAGAACACAGAGGCCACCACCUACCUGUGAUCUUACCGCGCCGCCUUCAUCUUCAGCGGAAACAAAAC